AUGACAGGGCACGGUGGACAGUGCAAGACUGCUCUCAGAGCAGGGGAGGCAAGAGGCUGCUGGGCGGUGAGGGGGCCCCGCACCGUGCGGGGGUUCCUGGGGGGGUCCCUCUCGGUGAGCUGCACGUACCGGCAUGGCCAUGAGAUGAAACCGAAGUUCUGGUGCACACCGGGAGCACUUCUUUCUACCUGUGAUACUGACAUCGUCAUCACGUCGGCGGGGCACCCCGUAGUGCGGCGGCACCGAUUCUCCAUCCAGGACAAUCGCACAGAGCGGGUGUUCACGGUGACCGUGGAGGGCCUGGUCGAGGGGGAUGCAGGCACCUACAUCUGUGGGGUGCGAACGGGUGUGCUCCAGCGUGAUGUGAGUGCCGAGGUGGAGGUGAUCGUGUCCCCAGGUCAGUCCCUGCACGCCCCCUCCCCUGCACGGCACCAGGGACCUCUCCAUCGGGGGGCUGGGGCCGGGCUGCAGGAGGAGAUGCCCCGACACUCACACCAGCCCAUCUUCCCUCCGACCACCCCCCAGACACCCACCGCAGCGACAGACUCUCCGCUGCAGCCCCACGGCCCCUUCCGCCACUUCCCGGUGCUGGCUGGGCUGCAGCUGCUGGCGCUGCUGGCCAUGAGCGGGGCCGUGCUCUGGGUCACCCUGCGGGGCGGCUGA